GAUAAAACGCUCACCUGCAGAAGCCAUCCCACAAAGCUUCCUCAUUUUUCUUUUUUACGCAAAGCUUCUCUGCAUACAACUACAAUGGCCGUGCUUCGUUACGCAGAGAUAAUUGUAGCAUUUCUCAGCUUCAUUAUGCUUUCCUAUUGGAGAAGGAACCGACACUUAUCCAUCAUAAACUGGCCGGUCGUCGGAAUGCUUCCGGGGCUACUUCAAAAUGUACAGCACGCCCACGAGUACAUAACUGGGAUUCUGAAACAUCAUGGGGGUACUUUCGAGUUUAAGGGUCCUUGGCUCACUAGCAUGAACUAUUUGGUCACCAGUGAUCCUGCAAAUAUCCACCACAUAUUGAGCAGAAACUUUUCCAACUACGAAAAAGGGCCCGUGUUCCGGGAGAUUUUUGAACCUCUAGGUGAUGGGAUUUUCAAUUCUGAUUCUGACUCGUGGAAGAACCAGAGGAAACUGAUUCAGUCGUUGAUAAAAAACAACAAAUUCGAGUUGUUCUUUCAGAAAGUUGUGCGGGAGAAGUUGGAAAAGAGCCUUAUUCCGGUUCUGGAUCGCGUCUCAAGUCUAGGAAACGAGGUGGAUCUACAAGACGUUUUUCAGCGUUUCACCUUUGAUAACAUUUGCUUGAUGGUUUUGGGUUUUGAUACCAAUUGCCUCUCAAUCGAUUUGCCGAGUGUCGCGUACGAAAAGGCCUUCGACCAAAUAGAGGAGAGUAUCUUUUAUCGACACGUUGUGCCAGAAAGCAUUUGGAAGUUGCAGAGAUGGCUCCAAAUUGGAGAAGAGAAGAGGCUAGCCGAUGCUUGGAAAGUGUUUGAUCAAUUUAUCAACAGAUGUAUCUCAUCCAAGCGUGAAGAACUGAACCGAGGCAAAACCCAGAAGGUGGAGACAGCAGAGUUCGACUUACUGACAGCUUAUAUAGAGCAAGGAGGAGGAAAAAUGGAUGGUUUUGCAAAACCCAACAAGUUUCUCAGGGACGCCGCUUUUAAUCUCUUGCUGGCAGGUAGGGACACUGUAAGUGCAGGCCUCACCUGGUUUCUAUGGCUCGUUGCAACUCACCCAUCAGUGGAAACUAGGAUUCUCGAAGAGAUCAGAGGAACUUUGCUCGUUAACGAGAUUGAGUGGGGUAUAGAUAAGCUGAGUGGGCUAGUUUAUCUCCAUGGAGCCAUAUGUGAGUCCCUAAGACUUUUCCCAUCCGUACCUUUAGAACACAAACAUGCAGUUCAAUCUGAUGUUCUUCCUAGCGGCCAUUGUAUUGGUCCAAAUACGAGAUUGUUGUUCUCUCUGUACUCAGUGGGAAGGAUGGAAAGCGUAUGGGGCAAAGAUUGCUUAGAGUUCAAGCCGGAGAGAUGGAUUUCGGAGAGUGGAAGAAUUGCCCAUGUACCAUCUUACAAGUUUAUCGCAUUUAAUGCAGGUCCCAGGACUUGUCUGGGCAAGGACAUGAGCUUCAUUCAAAUGAAAAUGGUUGCCAGCACCCUCAUUUGGAACUAUCAUGUUCAGGUGGUUGAAGGUCAUCCUGUUUCGCCGAGCAUCUCUAUUAUACUUCAUAUGAAACAUGGUUUGAAGGUUAAUUUAAGCAAGAGAUUGAUUUGACGAAAAUAAAUUUCGCAGGAGAAAGUUAUGGUUUGUAA